CAUUAACACGUGGCCUCGUAUGAAAGACAGAGCCUCUAAUUUUUUUGAUAAAGUUAUUUUAUUAUAGCUCUUUCUUUGUAUAAAGUAUGGACUUUAAGUUUAUUGUUAUUUCAAUGUUUCUGAUGAUCGCUGAUGGCUUCACUGUACGCGGUCCCUCUGGUCCUCUGUUUUUUCCUCUGGGAUCUUCAGUGGUUUUGCCCUGUUAUGUUGAUGAACUCUUAAUAACAGAGGGUCUGGAGGUGGAAUGGAGAAGAACAGACUCACAGAUUCUGGUUCAUCUGUAUCAAGAUGGAGAGAGUCGACCAGAGGCCCAGCAGCAGGAGUAUCAUGAUAGAGCUCAUUUCUUUACUGAUCAGAUUCAACAUGGAAACUUCUCCCUUCGUCUGGAUAAUCUGAGAGUUGAAGAUGAGGGAACAUACACAUGUAGAGUUUACAGUCAACAGGAAUCUAGUGAAACUGUGGUUCAAAUAAAAGAUGUUGAGUGUUUGCGAGUAUCAGGAUCUAAUCGGUCUGUAUCUGCAUAUGAUGGUGAGGAUGUCACUCUGAGCUGCUCUGUCGACUCUCACAUCACACCUGACCACAUUGAAGAAGUUAAAUGGAUAAAAACUGAUGAAGAUAUUCUAGUUCUGCUCUACCAAAACAACAAGACAUUACCAGAUUCAUCAGAUGAACAAUACAGAGACAGAGUUGAGUUCUUCACUGAUGAAAUCCCCAAAGGAAACUUCUCUCUCAGACUGAAGAGUGUCAGAGCUGAGGAUAAAGGAGUUUACAUGUGUCAAGUGUUUGCUGGAGGACUUUCAGCCAAUGCAAUGGUGGUACUGGAGAGACUGGGUUUCUCUCUUUUGCGCAUAACUGUGUUGGUUUUCUGUUUUGUUUCUGGAUCUGGAGCUGUACUUCUGCUCUGCAGUCUGAUCUACUGCAGAUCAAAAAACACAGUCUCCAGAAGCACAAUCUGGAAUCUUCAGCUUUCUCUGGUCUUUUGUCCAAACAUCUGUAUGUCCAUCGCCUUCUUCUUCUGGGGUCUCACUGAAGGAUUUCUGCAUGAGACCGUCACUUGCUGUGCUCUUUAUAUUCUGAGGCCUGUUAUGUUGAUUUGGGCUUUGCCUCAUUUAAAGUAUCUUCAUGACAACAUUAAAACAUGGAUCAGGUCUUUCAAAAUAACAAGUGAAUUUGCUGUUUUUACAGUCAUUGUUUAUUCAGUUCUUUUUACAUAUGGCUGGAGAAAGAGUGCACAUGAUACAAGCAUUGAACCUCGUGUAGGUUCUGGACUAUACUUUGGAGAUGUUGUGCUGUCGUGUCUCCUCCUGAGUGCAGUUGAGUUCAUAAGGCUAUCCAGUCAAGAGCGGCCAAGAAGGUCUUUUUUCUCACGCAUCCAAACUCUAGUUUUGUUAAAUGGGAUUUUCCUCUUGUCUUCGAGUCAAUUGUCCCAGUUGAUCUUCUCAUUUGGACUUCCCUCUCUAGAAUUUGUAAUGAUGCCAUUUGUUCAAGCACUACUGCUUCUCUGUGUACCAGUUUUACCUUUUCUUCAAUCAAAGUUCAUAUGUCUCUGCCAAAGAUGGAUAACAUUAUUUUGGAUAAUAAUAAUAACACUCCUGGAUAUUGGCCUUGUGAUUUAUAUUCAUCUAACCAUAUUGGAAAGGGAGAAAGAGUACAUGGGAUGGAUCUGUGUGAUUGUUUUUCUUGAAGUUCUGAGGAUGAUAGCAGUCUAUGAAUUCAGCAUGACAGGUAUUAUCACUGAAUUACAAUGAUCACAAUGUAUUUUAUUAUCCCAAUAUUUAUAAAAGGGCAUAAAAAUAUGGUGCUGAGAAAUUGGAUUAUUGU